CUCUCAUUUAUUACCUUUGUCUUUUGCCUCAAUUCCUUCUCCAUUCACUAAAUUCUCUUUGGUCUCCUCUCUAAUUGCUACUGAAUUUCUUACUCUCUCACACACACUCCCCCCCCAACUCCUAAACUUAGGGUUUCCUCUAUGAGGAAUCACCUGCUAUAAAUCUGUGUUGUUCCUCUCUUCAUUAGCCAAGGCAACUUUAUCUUGGGAGGGAACAAAGAGCAUACAUCUAGUUCUUGAGAGCUCUCCUCCAAGGGGGGAAAAAAAGGUACUUCUCUUUUAACUCACAUAAUCAAAGAAACCUAGCUAGAUCACAAGAAGAGAACAUGGCUUCAUCCAGCUCUUACAACUCUCCCUGUGCUGCCUGCAAGUUCUUGAGGAGAAAAUGUAUGCCAGGCUGCAUCUUUGCACCUUACUUCCCACCAGAGGAGCCUCAAAAAUUCGCCAAUGUUCACAAGAUCUUUGGAGCAAGCAAUGUGACAAAGCUCCUCAAUGAGCUUCUCCCUCACCAAAGAGAGGAUGCAGUGAACUCUCUUGCCUAUGAAGCCGAGGCAAGAGUAAGGGACCCGGUUUAUGGCUGUGUUGGUGCUAUCUCCUUUCUCCAGAGACAAGUUCAAAGGCUCCAAAAGGAACUCGAUGCAGCCAAUUCUGAUCUAAUUCGCUAUGCCUGCAGUGAAAUCUCAACUGCAUUGCCUGCACCACCAGGGGCAAGCUCAAUUCAAUCAAUGGCUCCUCGUCAAAGGCCAAUUGAGUAUAAUAGAAGGAUGGGCAAUGAAGGGGGUAACUAUCAUGCUCCUGGCAUGCCAUUUCCUUACACUCUUCCUUGGAAUGAUAACCCUUCAGGUGAUAAUAAUGAAGGAGAAGGAGGAGGAAGCAACAUGUGAUCAUUUCAGAGAGAGAAGCCCCAUGUAGGGUUUAUAGCUACCCUGAGGGUGCAUGGCCUUAUCAAGGAACUCAUCAUCUUGGUAUGGAAUUAUAAGGUUUCUAGCUGGCUAGCCUCACAUGGGUUCUUUAGCUAGAACACUUAAUUUAGUCUUUACAUAGUAAUUUAAUUGGUCGGUGUGGUAAUUAUACGCAUGGCCUGCUAAAACCAAGAAGUUAAGUAUUCUGCUUGAGGUUUUAGCGUGGUAUAUAUUUGGGGACCUAAAUAAGGCUGUAGAGCAUGGUGUGUGCGCGUGCGUGCAACCUUUGUUGAGUCAUUGGUGCAACUCUAGGCAUGUGCAUGUGGAGUUGCUAUUUCCCUGUCAUUGUUUAUGUUUGAGAAUAAAUGAUAUAAAACUUAUUUAGUUUAAA